GGUGUGGGAAUGAUGGACCUCCCCAAUGGCCAAUCAAGCGUCACCACCGCUGCUGCCACUGCCUCGGAGAAGAGCAGCAGCUCAGAGUCUCUCAGUGAGAAGGGUUCUGAGCUGAAAAAGAGUUUUGAUGCUGUCGUCUUCGAUGUCCUGAAGGUUACCCCUGAGGAGUAUGCAGGUCAGAUCACUCUCAUGGAUGCUCCGGUGUUCAAAGCCAUUCAGCCUGAGGAGCUGUCAAGUUGUGGCUGGAACAAGAAGGAGAAGCACAGCUCUGCCCCUAAUGCUGUGGCCUUCACCCGCAGGUUCAACCAGACAACUUUCUGGGUGGUGAGGGAGAUCCUUCAUGCUCAGACCCUGAAGAUCAGAGCUGAGGUACUCAGUCUGUACAUCCGAACUGCCAAGAAACUGUGUGACAUAAACAAUCUGCAUGCCGUGAUGGCUGUGGUGUCGGGCCUACAAAGCGCUCCCAUCUAUAGACUCUCCAAGACGUGGGCGUUGUUGAGUCGGAAGGACAAAGCAACGUUUGAGAGGUUGGAGUACCUCAUGGCCAAAGAAGACAACUACAAGCGUCUGAGAGACUACAUACGCAGCCAGAGCAUGAACUCCUGCAUACCGUACCUGGGUAUGUAUCUGUCUGACCUGACGUAUAUAGACUCAGCGUAUCCCUCUACUGGCAGCAUCCUGGAGAAUGAACAGAGAUCCAACCUCAUGAACAACAUCCUGAGGAUUAUAUCUGACCUGCAACGCUCCUGCACCUACGAUAUACAAGUGUUGCCUCAUGUCCAGAAGUAUCUCAACUCAGUCAUGUACAUCGAGGAGCUACAGAAGUUUGUGGAGGAUGACAACUACAAGUUGUCGUUGAAGAUCGAGCCAGGCUCCAGCACCCCCCGCUCCACUGCCUCUAGAGAGGACCUUAUCGGUUCGGAUGCGUCUGCGUCUCCUCUGUGUGGUCGUAAGGGCCCCAUUGCAGACGGAACCAAAGUCCCUCCCACACCCCCCUCCCCCCGGAACCUCCUCCCCUACGGACACAGGAAGUGUCACAGCCUGGGCUACAAUUUUAUUCAUAAGAUGAAUACGGUAGAGUUUAAGAGCGCUACGUUCCCCAAUGCUGGUUCUCGUCAUCUAUUGGACGACAGCGUCAUGGAGAGCCACACCCCUACGAGAGGACAGGCCGAGAGCUCAACGCUCUCCAGUGGCAUCUCACUGGGGAGCAGUGAGGGUUCAGAACUCAGUGAAGAGAUGUCCUGGCCAGCCUUUGAGAGGACUCGGUUCUAUCACUCUCUGGGCCCUGUGACCCGCGUGGCCAGAAUCCCCUACAGAGGAGGCCUGAGGCCCAGCAGCUCUGCCGAGUCUGAGGAGUUAGCAGUGCACCUGUACCCUGGAGCCGUCACCGUGCAGGGAGUCCUACGACGCAAAACGGUCUUCAAGGAGGGCAAGAAACCCACAGUGGCGUCUUGGACCAAGUUCUGGGUGGCUCUGUGUGGAACUCAACUCUACUACUACCAUGCCAAGUCCCUAAAGGCCACAGAGGAAAGCACGAAAAGUGUCAAGUGUUGUGUAAAUGGAUGGAUCAUGUUUGACCCAGAACAUCCCGACGUCUUCCUGCUCACAGACUCGAAACACGGUAACACCUAUAAAUACCAGGCAGGGAACAAAAUGAAUGCCCUUCUGUGGUUCAAACACCUCAGUGCUGCCUGCCAGAGCAACAGACAACAGGUCCCAGCCAAUCUGAUGUCCUUUGAAUGAGUGCUGCUGUAGAGGACGGAGCGAUAGAGCUAAAAUAUAGGAAGAGGGCUAGUGACUCAGCACCAGGAGCUUUCACUGCCAUGACCCCAAAACUAUAACCCCAGACCCACUGGAGCCCCACCACUGCCUUAACCUAAGGACCCAUGUGUGUGUGUGUUGAAGCAGUGGUUAUUAUGGUGGCAUUGACUACUGAAUGAAGGCCUAAACCACUUCUCUCUCGUUCUCUCGCUCUGUUGUUUUUGCCUGUGGAACUAUGGGAUGUCUCCUCUCCUCUUUCUUGGAUGCUUCUUAAGGAAGGAUGGGUGGACAUGAUUUAUCCUUGUUUUCCCUCACUCCCUCUCUUCUUGACAUACUGUGCUCUAGUGGAAGACUGACUCUGCCCUUUCUAGGGCUGGACUCACACACACAAUACUAACCCAAUGGAAUGGGAUUUCAAACACACUCCUUUAUCACACUUUGGUUCACAAACUCCCUCACACACAAGACUCCAAUGGUCUCUUCACACUUGAGUUGGGCUCACAAAACAGACACUUUUUACACACAUUCACUCCCCCCUUCUGAGAGUGUGUGUGUGUGAUUGGCCUGUGUGAUUGCAUCAUUGUGAACAUUAAGGGCUUUGAUUCUCAAAUCUAUUCCAGCAGAAACCACUCCCACACACACACACACACACACACACGUGUCCUGAAUGUAUCCUACUGUUUUAUAUUCCAGAGCCUCUCCUCACCGUGUGUGUGUGGGGGGUGGGGGGGCACACUAUAUAUAUGGUAAGUCUCAUCACGGGAAUGAUAAACCCAGACUCUUAAGCUUUCCUCUAUUCCACCUGUAUGGACCCAGUUAUAUCGCUCUUAUAAACAGGCUUUAUAUGUUGUUCUCUCUGGACCACUGUCUGCUCUGUCCACAUGUUAAAGCUUGAGAUUCACCAGAACACACGCGUGUACACACAAUAACACUAAAGACUUGAAAGCUGUGAAAACGUGAACGAUGAAAUGUUAACCCCAGAAAAAUAAUUUAUCUACCACUUCCUUUUUUUGUUAUUGCUUGAACAUAAGAGGGAGCUACAGGUUCUGACCUGAUCUGCUUUACACAUCUGAGUGUUUUAUACACACACACACACACACAAAGCUAUCGGGAGCCAUUCAGAAUCCAUUUGAAUUAUUAUUUUGUUGGUUAUUGUUUUCUGUGACCUUGGUGUUGUUGUGUUGGACGUAUCAGCAGUAUUAUCCUGUAGAUGACUUGCACAUGUCUAGCUUAUUUGAAUUGUCUGUUACAUUUCAUUUCUGGCCUCUUCCCUUUAUUUUGAACAUGUUGUACCUUUACUUGUUUUCGAUUUUAUUUGUGUAGUGUUUUUGUUUUCUCAACUAUGAGUUUGUCACAUAGGGUUACGGUACAGAUCUACUGCUCUAUUGCCUAGUUCCAUGUCAUCCUCUUGACCCAUCGCCUGGUCACUACUCAUGGCAUCUUCAAUUAAAGCUAUAGAUAGGUGUACGCAAGUUGUUGAUGACUCCACCUAACCUUCCAAUUGGCUGAGAGAAACUUCCUCCAUAUUGCUUACACCUAUCCAGUCCUUUCAGAUCUGUGAACAGUUAAUGAGUAUGAGCUAGAGGGAGGGGCUAACAAUUUGAAGUAGACCCAGCCAGAGUGUGUAUGGUUUGGGACAUUGGUUUGGGACUCAACCCUGAGUGUGUGCCAAUAUACCAAACACACAUUUUUAUUCCGAUUUGUGAGAAAGUGUUAGUUAGAACAAUUUAAAUGAAUACGUUGUUGGGAAAGGAUGGUGUGGUCACGUUCUCAUACUACUCUCAGAAAGGACUUAAACCACUAGUAAAGCGUUAACUUGCAUCCUCACCUGACUGUUUCCAUCUCAACCUGACAGUCAGGUUAGGUCCUGACUUGUAACAAUGGUUUACAUCUCCCAUCUGUCCAUAUAUUUUGCAUGUCUAUUGUUUACAUAGAGGUCCAGCAAGUUAGCAUCACAUUCCUUACACCUCAAACUGACACUAUGUACUCUAGCAGCAAGAGACUCCAACUCCCAUGGGCCAGUGCGGCAACAGUUGUCUGUUAUGUCCUGUAGAGGCUAAGCUAAUGGGAGAAGGUAGAACUUAUCCAUAACCAUUGAUACAAGGUCAGAUAUGUAUUCACCCCCUAAUGGUUAAGAUUGGAGUUGGUGUAAUCUGAUCCGAGAGCUGUUGUUUAGGGCAACUUCUACAUAUUCCAUUUCAGGCUCAUUUCCGAUGUGCUCUGCUCCUCAGCUCCCAGCCGUUGUACCACACGCAGCUACAGCUCCAUUAAUAGCAAGACUCCCGCAGGGCUAUGUCAUACACAGACGAGAGGAUGAGGAAGCCAGAGAAAGAAAGGAAUGAGAGGGGUAGCGUUAUAAAGGAGGAAGGUAGUACAACAGUGUAAAAAUAAUUGUUGUUUACCUGCUAGAAAGCAUUAGACGGACAGAGCCUCAUGGCUGCCAUUUCUUCACUGUUGAGCAGUGGGUAAAUCUGUAUAGAAUGUGGUAUAGCAUAUUCUGUGUGGAGUGCGACUGAACAAGGAAGGAUAUAGUAGAAAUAGAGGGGUGAACUGAUGCAACAGGAGCUGUACAGAGAAGCCGGCAGACUGACGCUCCCCACAGAAGACCAGCAGAGGAGAAAGUAGUCUUUCUCUCUGUUCUCCUUUUUCCCCUCUCACAGACCUCUCCUUCACAUCUCUCUCCCUUGGACAUAGAGGGCUUCAAUGCAGGCUGAAGAGAGCGGCAGAUUAAAUGGCAGACAGGAAUGCUCCCGUGUAGUGUCACAGUGCUGACGUGAGGGAUGUGGAUGCCUAUAGGGAAAGGGUUAGGAGUGUGAGUUUUUACAAUCUGUUAUGGUGGGCUUUUUUUUUUUGAAAUAUCAAUGUCAGUUUGUGUCCAUGUACAAAUACACAACCAGCUGUGUAUUAUUUACUGUCAAGAGUAAAGUUUUUGGGAUUUGUCUGCAGUGUUCAUUUUUUUUUUUUUUAACAGUUCAGCUGAGAUGACUGGGUGGUGUGUGGUUAACAUGAGAGGGGGGUGUAGUGGUGUUUUUGUGUGCUGUAGGAUGGAGAAUUUGCCCGCAGCUCAAGGGUCAACUUAAUUCCCUUUAAAUCUGAACUUUAACCAUUAGGGGAAAAUGUAGAACAGACCUUAGAUCAGUUUCUAAAAGAUACAUCUAUGUGCUCUAUAUGGCUCAGUUUGAGAGUGAUGUUUAUGAUGUGUUGACGACGUCACAUAGCUUUGUCCAUGUCCCAUGACCUGUGGGGUGUGUCCAUGUGCUAUCCCUCUACCUCCUGUACUCCGACCCCUAGUGAGGACUCACCCAUGUUACGUGACCCGGGUUUGAACUAUGACCUCUGAAUUGAGUGACGUGACCUGAGUCUCAGCCAGAUAACCAAUAAACACACUGCCCUUUUUAUACUCUGCCCCUCGGUUCACUUUCAUUUAUAUAAACAUGGUUUCAGCUAAAUGUGGUGUAUGUGUGCCGGACCAGGAGUGUCUACUUACCACAACCUGUUAAAUGUCCUGGACAGGGCAUGUGGUUAGGAAAAAUGUGUAUGUGUGUGCUUAAACUAGUGUUAAUACACUUUAGGUAUGGAUUGAUGUGUAAUCUUUCCUACUGAAAUAAAAACCUACUUGAAUUGUUGAA